GUCGUUUAUUUGAAUUAAUUCGUUAGAUCGUGAAACGUCGAUAGUUAUCGAUGAGUAUGUUGCCCUGAGCAAAGCCCGAGUUAGCGGCACUGCCACUAAGGAAAGCAAGCAUUUCGUAACAAUGUUUUUACGAAAAUCGCUUACUGUAGCUGAACAAUGGCACUAAAUGAGCAAAUUUACUGAAACUUUUAACGGAAUUAAGGAAAAAAAUGUUUUCAUAUAUAUUAACUAAUAGUUCGCUUGCCAUUUCCCGGCAGUCGGUCAGUCUGGCAGCCCUGUCACAACCCGCUACCGAUAAACACGCUGAUACAACAACUCUGAUUGAACCGGCAGAUUUGAGAAAGUAAAUCCGUGGCGAAUUGAUUUCAUUUUGUCCGCCAAAGGCACGGAAAAUGCGCUGCAGGAGGAAGUAUAGGCCGCCAAGCUGCUGGAGACAAGCUCCCCACAGGAGGAGGAGGGCGUAGAGGAAUAUUUGAAGCGCAAGAACAUGAUCCUUCUCGAGUAUGAAAAGCAAACGUUUCUCGAUUUGGUUGAAGCCGAUGGUCUGCUGGUUUGCGCCAAGGGCCUGAGCUACGACCGCGUUGUAAUCCGCAUCCUAAAGGCCUACAGCGAUUCCGGCAAUCUUGUAGUUGUGAUCAACAGUUCUGACUGGGAGGAGCAGUAUUACAAGUCCAAAAUCGAACCCAAAUACGUCCACGAAGUGGCCAGCACGGGCACCGAAGGUCUAAGGUCUCGCAAUUCCUAAAAAAUAUAUAAAAUUACCCCUUUUGAUUGAUUGACUAUUCUGAUAGAGAGCCCGUUUAUCUCGAAGGCCGUUACCGUGGAGAACUGACCAAAACAUUCCACCAGAUCCUUCAGGCGCAGCUGGAUUGCAUCUGCUUAUGCUUUUAUUUCUUCAGAAUUGGAGCAUUAGAAAUCUUGUUAAAUAUUUAUACAAAAGUAAUAAUUUUUAGGCACACACAUUCGCAUCGAUACUAAAUUCUAAUUAUCAACAGCACAUCGCCUUCGAUUGCCG